AGAGAGAGAAAGAGAAAUUAAAAUGGUCAUUUAUUAAGUAACAAUUAAAUGAUAAUUUUAAAUUAAACAUGAACAUGACAGCAAUGAAAUCGAUGGAUAUAACAUUGCCAUUUACAUUGAAGCAAGAAAAAGAGGUUAACGAAGCUGAAAUAGACGAAGAUGCUAGUUUGAAUGAACUCGACAAGAUCCUUCCUAUGACACUACCAUCAAUAACAGACAACAAUUUUCUGUUACCUUCUACUCCCAAUCAUGAAUUCUUACGACUUACUGCAAUGGUACGUGCAGUGUACUUCUCGUAUCUACACGAAUGUUUAUUGAAUAAUUACAUAGUAUGUUACAAACAAAAAAAUCAAGAAGCUCAAAGUUACGAAUUAAAAAAAUGCGCAGAUCAAAUGGAAUUGGAUGCCGUUAGAUGUUCUUUAGAAGCUUCUUUGUAUAGACAACACAUGUUUAAAAUGAUUUCAGAUAUUAAGUCCCAUACUUCACAAAAAAAAGUGUAUAAACAGUUAGUGAUGCUAUUAGAAACACCAUCUAAUAAAGUUGAUGUUGGUGUACAAACUAAUAGUUCAUGUUUAAAAACUAAUUCCUGUGAUCACCGUAAAAUAAAUACUAUGCAAGACGCUUGCAUUACAUCUAAUUAUGAAGAAUUAUUUAAUGCGACGGAACUAUUAUCUGUAGAUAAGAAGGCACCCCCUUGUAUAGAAGAAUCAAACAUUUCCAUGCAAGACAAUGCAAGCGUUAAAACACUUGUAUUUAAAGAAGAGAUUACUGAUAAAUUAAUAUUUAACGAGGAAAGUCAAGAAACAACUAUUUUAACUCAAAUACUUUCAACUGAUAAAUUUGUUCAGCAACCAACUGUUGAGCCUGUCGAUAAACAUGAUGAUAUCUCGCAAGAUUCACUUUUACAACAUAUGGAAGAUAUGUUUUGUGAGAGUGAUGACAGUAGUGAUUUGACAACAUUAAUCGAAAAACAUUCAGGCAUAAGUAAGGCUAGUGUUGACAAUGAAAUCAGCAAAAUGAGUUUGGAAACGGAUAACCCGUUGAUUUCUAAUUUAAAACGUGUAGAAGAAAGCAAUAAUAUUCCAAAGAGUAAUAAUACUGUAAAAAUGUCUUCUCCUGCUCAAGGAAAAUUUAGUUUUAGUUAUUAUAAGGAAAUGAAAAGUAGAGUGGAUAAACCACCAACUGAACUUAAUAAAGAAGAUACAACUGUUAAGUGCAAACAAGAACCUACAAAUGAAAAUAAACAAAAGAAAAGAGCGGAUGGUAUUUGGUUUGUCGAAAGAGUACAUCAAGUUUCUAAAUUAAAAAGAAAAUUGACCGAAUUAUCUUUGACAAAUUAUCGUAAACAUGGUAGAAUUAAAAGAAAAUUUAUUGAAUUGUUUGGAGAAUCUGACGAAGAAGAAAUGAUGCCUGAUUCACCAAUUUGUAUAGAAGAACAUUUAACUGCUUGUAAAGAAAGAAUAGCUCCAUGGAUUGUCAAAUAUCUAAUGCCAUUCUAUAAAAAAAGACGAAUCAAAGAUCGCCAAUUAUUUAAAGCUGUAGCUAAGCAUAUUGCUGAUAUGCUUAUCAUUGAAAAUACAUUUCCUGAAGAGAGCUGUGUUAACAAGUACAUAGAAAAUUACUUCCGAAAUAGGCAACUCAUUAAGACCAGUCAAGAUAUAUAUAUAUAAUAAAGACAUAUGAAUUACCCAUUUCUGACGUAGAUUAGAACGAAAAUGAAACACAAUUACAGAUCAAUUAUUAUCUAUAGCAAUAUGAACUUAAAUUAUUUUUCUUUUUUGUUUAACAAGCAUUAACCAUUUUAA